AAAUAUAACAUCCUUGUUACCAUGGCAACCAAAUCGAAAAGUUAGACUUUAACAUCAUAUUAAUUAAAGAUAUGCCAACUGUAGUAAAUGGUGUGAAAUUCAGUUAAAUUGGAGACAUGCCAUGUCCACGACCAUAUUUAAAAUUUAGAUUUUUAUAGAGAAUUUAUAUUAAAUAGAAAACAUGGCAUUACACAGACCAGCUUGGCAGGAGAAUGCCUUCUUGUCACAUUCCUGGGGAGCAGAUAAAGCCGUGGAUGGACUGUAUUCAAACCGAGAAUAUACUGGAAACCAAUGUACGAUCUCUGCAGAUAAAAAGGAAACAGCCACGUGGAGAGUAGAUCUACAGGGUGUCGUUAGCAUCAGUUACAUUAAUAUCCUCUACAGAACUGAUAACGUGUCGGGUGCAUACAUCGGGAGAUUUGCUGGGUUUUUCCUCUAUGUUUCCAAUACAACGUUCAAAGAAGAAGGCUAUCUUUGUUUUCAUGAGAUACAGAAAGUGAACAGUACACCAACAGAAGACCACAGAAUCAAUUGUACCGUGAAUGGACGUUAUGUUAUUUUCUACAACGAGAGAAGACCGGAUGUGGCGUAUCCUGCGUACUAUUCACAGUACGCAUUCAAUGAAUUGUGCGAGGUGGAAGUUUACGUGAACUAA